UUGGCUGUUGAGGGUGAGAUGGGCGGUGUUGGACGAGGCAUCACCAGUUCGUUGUGCAGCAGUGUGAGCUGCUCUCUGUACUCGGUGUUCGGUCUACCGGUACUGGGUGGGACGGAGCUGUCACCGGUACACAGAACCCGGGCUGGAGACACACGAAUGCCCUGACUAGUAACUUUCCCCCCCAGCACGGGAGAACCAUGUGAAACCCAGACGUGUCGCUAAGCGGUGGCCCCCGGGGGACACACAGGAUGCUUGCAGCUCGGGGCGCGACUGACGUUGACUUGCCCUCGGCAGAGGGGCGCCGGCGGAGCGGGCGGGCGCAGUGGGGCCACUGAAUGACAGCCCCGCAGACUCGCCAUGGAGGUGGUGGGAGACUUCGAAUACUGCAGGAAGGAUCUGAUCGGACAUGGAGCCUUUGCCGUGGUGUUUAAAGGGCGGCACAGGAAGAAAACAGACUGGGAGGUGGCUGUUAAAAGCAUCAAUAAGAAGAACUUAUCAAAAUCUCAGAUACUUCUUGGCAAAGAAAUAAAGAUUUUAAAGGAGUUGCAGCAUGAAAACAUUGUGGCUCUUUAUGAUGUCCAGGAAAUGCCCAACUCCGUUUUCUUGGUCAUGGAGUACUGCAAUGGGGGAGACCUGGCAGAUUAUUUACAAGCCAAAGGGACACUGAGUGAAGACACCAUACGAGUCUUCUUGCAACAGAUUGCUGCUGCCAUGCGGGUAUUACACAGCAAGGGCAUUAUCCACAGGGACCUGAAGCCACAAAAUAUACUUCUCUCCUAUGCCACUCGGAAAAAGUUAACUUUUAGUGGCAUCCGGAUAAAAAUUGCGGACUUUGGCUUUGCACGUUAUUUGCAAAGCAACAUGAUGGCUGCAACGUUGUGUGGAUCCCCGAUGUACAUGGCUCCGGAGGUUAUCAUGUCGCAGCACUAUGACGCAAAGGCAGACCUGUGGAGCAUAGGCACUGUCAUCUAUCAGUGUCUGGUUGGCAAGCCUCCUUUCCAGGCAAAUAGUCCUCAGGAUUUGAGACUGUUUUAUGAAAAGAAUAAGAACCUAGUUCCAAGCAUACCUACAGAAACCUCUACAUAUCUGUCAGACUUGCUGCUGGGACUACUUCAGAGAAACCAAAAAGACAGACUUGACUUUGAGGGCUUUUUCACCCACCCUUUCCUGGAUCAGGUGUCUACAGUGAAAAAGUCUUGUCCUGUCCCAGUGCCUACGUACUCGGGUUCCAGUAUUUCAGGCAGCUCAUGUGGAAGCUCACCAUCUUGUCGAUUUGCCUCCCCUCCUUCUCUGCCAGACAUGCAGCAUAUCCAAGAAGAAAACCUUUCUUCACCACCGUUGGGUCCUCCAAACUAUUUACAAGUCUCCAAGGAUUCUGCUAGUACAAGCAGCAAGAACUCUUCUUGUGACACAGAUGACUUUGUUCUGGUCCCACACAACCUGUCUUCUGACCACUCAUAUGAUCUGCCUACAGGGACAGCAGGGCGCAGAGCAUCUAGUGAUUUCUUGAUGUGUGGAGGGCAAAGCCAGCCUCAGGUGUCUCCACGCAGCGAAACAGCACCAAUUCCUGUUCCAACUCAGCUACGGAAUUAUCAGCGCAUAGAGCAGAAUCUCUCGUCCACCGCUAGCCCAACAUCUAAUCCUCAUGGGUCACCAAGCAGAUCUGGGGCAGUGAGACGCUCCCAUACCAGUCCCAUGGGCUUUUUAAAGGUUGGCUCUGGUUCGCCCAGUUCGACAGACAUGGCUACAGCUACUGGACGUCGAUUAUCUACUGGCUCUUCACGACCAUAUUCUCCAUCACCUUUAGUUGGAACCAUCCCAGAGCAGCUUGGACACUGCUGUUGUGGACAUGCCCAAGGACACGAGUCGAGAAGUAGAAGCUCUUCAGGUUCCCCAGUUCCCCAGUCGCAGUCACCUCAAUCUUUGCUAGGUGGAAGGCUGCAAAGUGCCCCAACCCUCACUGACAUCUACCAGAACAAACAGAAACUACGAAAGCAGCACUCAGACCCUGUGUGUCCCUCAUAUGCUGGACAUGGCUUUAGUCAUUCUCCACAGCCUACGCGGCCUGUCAGCCUUGGAGCUUCCCCCACAAAACACAUGGGAUCAUCCCCAAGGAGCUCAGAAUGGCUAUAUAAAACACCCUUACCCACCAUAAUUGGAUCGCCAACCAAGGCAACGGCUCCAUUCAAGAUACCGAAAACACAAGCAUCCUCAAACCUGCCUGCUCUAGUUACUCGUCAGGGACCUGUAGAUGUUCUUGUACAGACCAAAGACCUGUCUUACCUGAGGGAGUUUUCCCAUUACAAUUGCCCACACGGGAGUGACAAGCUAGGAACAGCAGAACAUGGCAAAGCUACUUUUGGAAGGUCUGUGAGUGCAGGGAAGCUGUCCGAUCAGACAGGGAGAGCUAUACUAGGAGGACAACAUUACCAGGGAAGCACAGACAGUCUGAACUCUGAGCGCCCCAUGGAUACAGUCCCUGCUGGUGCUACAGGAAGUGCCCUCACAGUCCCCACUGUGGGUUCCAGAGCUGUGAUGUUUACAGUAGGGUCUCCUCCCAACAGUGCUACUCCUCCCACCUGCUCGCAUAUGAUGAUGAGGACUCGAGCCACUUCAGUUGGCUCCAACAGCUCUGGUGGCUCUCUCUGCUCCACAAGUGGUCGUGUGUACAUGGGGUCACCGUCUGGAGUUCACAUGGGCUCAUCUCCUCCCAGCGCCGAUGCAGCACCAUGCUUUAAAUAUAUGUCUUACGGCACAUCCCCCCCAAGCCUGGAAGACUUCAUCACAUUUGAGGCCCCUGAACUACCUGAGGAAACUCUGAUGGAGAGGGAGCACACGGACACUCUCAGACACCUCAAUCUUAUGCUUGCAUUCACUGAGUGCGUGAUGGAGCUGACCGCAGCACGGGGUGGCACUUCUGACCUGUGCACCUCUGCCGUGUCCCUCUACCAGAUUCAGGAGAGCGUGGUGGUGGAUCAGAUCAGUCAGCUGAGCAAAGAGUGGGGACAGGUAGAGCAGCUGGUGCUGUACAUGAAAGCAGCUCAGUUCCUGGCAUCUUCCCUGCAACUUGCCAAAUCACAAAUCAAAUCUGGGAAGUUGACCCCUUCAAGUGCUGUAAAGCAAGUGGUGAAGAGCAUGAAUGAGCUCUACAAGUUCUGCAUUAGUAUGUGCAAGAAACUGACCGAGCAGCUGAACCACUUUUUCUCAGACAAGCAGCGUUUUGUGGAUGAGAUUAACAGCGUCACAGCAGAGAAAUUAAUGUACAACUGUGCUGUGGAGAUGGUCCAGUCUGCUGCACUAGACGAGAUGUUCCAGCAGACAGAAGAUAUUGCUUAUCGUUACCACAGAGCAGCACUGCUGUUGGAAGGCCUAACAAAGAUCCUGCAGAGCCCUGCAGACAUCGACAAUGUUCAGAAGUAUAAAGCCAGUGUUGAAAGCAGACUGUCUGCUCUCUAUAGAGCUGUGGCGUUGUACGAAUAGUACCAGUAUCCACUGGACCACUAAAGAAGAACCAGGGACCACAUAGCUUAGUUCGUUGUAUAUAUACCUGUUACUUGGAACUGUACCUUGUAUUUGUGGAAAAAAAGAACUAAAAUCCUAUAUGGAGGCUUUCCCAGGAGAAGAAAACACAAGUUAGGGGACUGAGUAUGCAGAAAAGGCUGCCUUGUUUAAAAGCACUCCUUGUGAAAUUUGCCUUUCACUAUACAUGUAAAGUGUAAGGAAAAGUAUUUCUAAUACUUUACCAUCAAUAAUGGACAAUUGUUGCUCUGGGAGAAAAGUGGAAGUGUGGAUACCUGUAGCUGGACCGUCACAAGCAGCAGAUCAGUAUUCCAGUAGUCCGGCAUUUACCUACUCACACCUGAGUUUCCGGUACAGUGUGUGACCCCAGAACAUCCAUCUAUUCAAAGUGAAUCAAGAGCCAAGCACUUUACCUACAGGGGAAAUAAACCCAGCCAUGCAAAAUCUUCAUUCAUUUCACUAUCCAUGUCAUGUGGAUACUUGAUGUCCUACUUUUAAACCAAUUUAUUUUGCACUAAUUUCUAAAACUGUAAAUGAUUUUACAUGGAACUCUUAUCAAUAUACGAAGGCACAAUGGAUUUACUGAAAAACAAAAUAUCAUUUCAUUCUAUGUAUUAAAAGACAUUGGAAUUUAAGAUGUAGCUUCCUAAAGACUUUACAAGCUGUACAGAACAAUUUUACUCGUGACCCUUUUGUAUCUAUUUGUCUAAUACUUGAUUACUAAUUUGUUUUCUCCCAUGUUUUAUUUUGUCUGUAUUUGCUUUAUAUACAGGUAUCGUGUUGCUUACAUUGUUUUGUGCAUGUGAUACUUAGUCUUGUUCUAUUUUAUUGGAUGUUAUGCUAGCAGGCGUAAAUGUGUUCCAUGGACAGUGUUAGACAAGAAAUACAAUGCUGUAAUAUAGACCGAUAUAGACUGUUGUGCGUGAGACUACUACUGUGGUGGGUUUGUUAAACAGUAGCUUCUACCAGACAAUUAUAUAUCCCAAUGUCUGUAGUGUGGCCUGUAAGUGCUAGGAUGCAACUCACAUGUCUUACCAGUAUAUGGCACAGCAAGAGAAGCUUAGCAUUAAAGUCUAGUAAGCAAGCUGCCAUGUGACCUAAAUGACUAGAGCUUAUGGCCACUAGAGGGCCAGUACUACUAAGAACAGUGGUGCCACUAACUUGGUUCAUGUCUAGAACGCCAGUUCUUUUUUUUUUUUUUUUAGUUCCUUUUUUUUUUUAAUGUGAAUCUUUAGCUGCCAUUUUGGAGAAGCCUUUAUGUAAUAUGUUUUUAUUAACCUGCCAUUGCAAAAAUUGUCACACGUAAAAGGAUAAAUCCAACUUCUUUAUCGGUGGAUUUAUUCUUUAACAACAUUUUUAUACUAUAGCUUAAACUUAAUUGUAGCAAUUAUUGGUGAGGUCCUUUUAUAGGUUCAUGGUGCAUUUUCUUCUAAAUAACUCUGGUGCCACUUUUGUGAAGCGUGUGUUUAGGUACACAUAUAGGGACAUAUUGUAAUUGUUUUGUUUUCUAGAAAGACAGCCAGGGAUGGCAAUUACCAACUGCUUAUCUGACCUUUUGAUUGGUUCAUAAAACAAUUUAUACUAUGUCUUCACUGAUUCAGAAGAAAAAGAAGUCAUUGGAAGGAAUGGAGGCAUUUCAUAGGACUACUACAUUUGGCAAAUGCAUGCACAUUCGCAUAAAAGGCCAAAAUAAUGACACAUUUUUAGGACUCUGCACUAUUGAAAAUGCAAUGACGCACAGCAUCUUGGAAUAGAUUAUACACUAUUCAAUUUUACUUCAUUCAGAAAGAUUUUUUAGUAUUAUAGAAUUCUAUGCUACAUGCAGUUUACCAAUAUGAUUAUUUUAAAUAACGGUCAUUCAUUGAUAUAGUUCAUUUUAUUAUUGCCCAUGCAAUCUAAGGCCUUAUACGAACAUAAAUAAAAGGGAUGCUUGCUGUUAAAAUGUAAAGGACAUAAAAUAGAACAGACCUGUCUCUUUUCCAAUUUUAGUCAGAUGGUGAAACCUCACACACUCACUGGGGGGUAUAUUUACUAAAGUGCUGGUUUUCAGAUGUGGAGAUGUUGCCCAUAGCAACCAAUCAGAUUCUGCUUAUCAUUUAUCUAGCACCUUCUAGAAUAUAAUGGCUAGAAUCUGGUUGCUAUGAGCAACAUAUUCACUUUUGUAAAUGCACACUUUAGUACCCUCCUAUAUUUCAUAUUUUCUGUUUUGCCCUAAACUUUAAUACUUGAAGGUUUUGUGUGUGUGUUUUUUUAACAAUAUUCAGCUGACAUUAUUACAUUUUUAUUGCUUUUAUUGGCUGUAAACUAAUAAUACAUUCACAACAGCUGCAAUACAUCAGUAGUCUUUAUACCCUGUGCUUUGACUUCACAUGACAGGCAUUUUUGUAUCGAAGAUUCUGUCAGAUAAUUUGGAUGUGUUUUUAUUUAUGUACCUGCUUGUGAGAUAUACGAAUGCAUAAAUGUGCAUUUCUAGGUCUUUAUUACCGUGUUUCUACCUCUCGUUUGUAAACUGCAUGCAUUAUUCUUACAGCUGGGUAAGAACUCACAAAACUGUUGCAGAAAUAGCCUUUUUACUAUGGCUUGUAUAAAUGUAUAUUAUAAAUAAACAAAACUGUAAAAAGA